UGCUGCUUUCGUGCGCUCCCUGGUUGGAGUCUUUUGUAUGCUUCUGAGCUGUUGAAAAGGCACCUAUUAAUUUAUCACAGGUGAUGUGGGCCUCCUCGUGCUGGAGGAGGCGUCUGCACCCAUGUACCUCACUAAUGACAGGUUACAGGAUCGAGGCGAGAUAAUAGGAUCUUUUCAUCUGUGUCGCUAGAGCAGAGUGCGGUGUCCCUGGUAGCUUCUAGGGGGCAGCAGCUGCUUGCUGUUUUCCCUCCUGCUGGAGGAGGAAAGGUUCCACAAUUGAGCAGUUUGCUUCUGACUCGGGCUGAGCAGGUCUUCAGGGAGUCACCUGAAUCCGCCUAAGUGAAGAGACUGCAGGAUCCAGGAAAUUCCAUCCCUGCUUUCUCUGCCCCCUCAGGUAGAUCCUGUAUCUGCAUCCCCAUCGGCACCCACAAAUCCCUCACUGUCAGAGUUAACAGCAGAGUUCGCUGGCUUUGAAGAUAAGAGUCACAGAGAUGUCUUUAAGAGAGUGAAAUCUUUUUGUCAGAUCUUGCUUGUUGCCAUUGAUAACCCUCUCUAAUCACGCGUAGAUGUUUUGAAAUGUUCCCCUGUGGGCAUGUGUCUUUACUCUGCUGGGAACAUGACUGUCCUAUGGUUGAUUACCUGUUCUUCCUCUCGCUGCUUCCCUCUGCUCCCCUCCCCCCGCAAGCCCGUGUCGCACAGGUUUCUUUACGGUUCUAAAUGACUCACCGCACCAGCACAUUGAAGGGGAAACUUUGGAUUUGCCAGUUCUUUGAGACUUUGGGGCCCAGGCCUGACAUAUGGCCAACUUGUGCCUUGUUGAAGUGAGUAACUAGCACCCAGCCUCCCACAAGCCCAUAUUUCACCAUGGCCCUGGCUCUCAGAUCUUCUUCCAGUUGUGUGGCUGAGGCCAAGUGACGAAAAGGAGAAGGGUUGGUUGCAGGCAGAACCGGAUGGUUGCAGUACACACCGAGAAGCAAAUUGGCCACGACAUUUCAGCCCUGGGAGGUUUAUUUAGGAUUAGCUAAGAAUUCUCAGCCCUGACUCCACGGUGGGAGGAGCCGCUGACUGAUGGCCGCUCUUGGGGCUCUGCGAGCUUGUGGGCUUUCGUCCCCGAGGACCCCAGAGGGGACCUGGGGAAGGGUGGGAGUUUCCAUUCCAGCCCUGAGAGUGGCUUUCCUCAGAGACCAAGGCAUGCCUCUUCGCCCCACCUCUCCAGCUCGUUCUCCGUUGUCGGUCUGAAAAAUGGCAGUUAAUAGAAUCUGCUAAUGAACAGAAGAAAACUAGACAUAGUGGCAAGUCAUUUGACAGUGAAGUGGCUUAUAACUUCUGUUUAUCAAGUGAUUACAAUUAUUGUUACUUCUGUCGGAUCUUUGAAGGAUCCAUCCUGGUCUCCAGAGCCCCACUUACAUGGCAUUUUCUGUCUUUCUUUGUAGUGCCUAGAAAUAACUUUAUUCCGGUGAAAUCCAGAUCUGUAGUCCUCCCCCUGGCCCCAGCCCUCCCAGCUCCACUCUCUUCCCCCUUGUGCUUCUCUUCCGUUACGUCAGCGGGCUCCGUCAGGUGGGGGUAUCCCCCACUGACCAGACUGGCAGAGCUAAUGCCGGCGGGAGGGAUGCUGUGGUGUUUGUUUUUGCAGUUCCUGGAUUUGGUUUAAUGUACAAUUGAUUUUUUUAAUGUAUUUAAUCAUUUUUUUCUUACCUCAUAAGGAUUAACCUGCACAAACCUCAUUUUAUCCUAAGUGUGGCUUUGGGAGGAAGGGAGAAGAAAAUUGAGUUUCUGUAGCUUAUUUUAUUCUUUCUCUUUUUAUUUUCCGAAUGGCUUUUCCUGCCGAAGCAGCUCCGUAAAAUACAAUGUAUUUUAGUGGCCAUUACUUACUCAUUACUAACUGGUCUCUCCUGCUUCCCUUUGUCUGUGAACUAAAUACAGGGGGCCUAAAGAUAAUUGGUAGCUCCAUCACAGACUCACCAAUUACAGAUCAACAGGGAAGACGGCCCAGCGAUGGCUUGUGGUUGGCACUGGCUGCCCGCCCAGCAAAUAUUGCCACAGCAGUGAAGUUUCUACAGAAUUCCCGAGUCCGUCAGAGCCCGCUUGCGACCAGGAGAGCAUUCCUCAAGAAGAAAGGGCUGACAGAUGAAGAGAUCGAUUUGGCUUUCCAGCAGUCGGGCACGGCUGCCGAAGAGCCUCCGUCCUUGGGGCCGGGCACACAGGUGGUUCCUGUCCAGCCCCCUCACCUCAUUUCUCAGCCGUACAGCCCUGUGGGGUCCCGAUGGAGGGACUACGGCGCCUUGGCUGUCAUCACGGCAGGCAUUGCAUUUGGCUUUCACCAGCUCUACAAGGCCACUACAUCUACCAAUUGGAUCUUGGAGUCCCAGAAUAUCAAUGAACUCAAGUCGGAAAUUAACUCCUUGAAAGGGCUGCUUUUAAAUCGGAGGCAGUUCCCACCGUCCCCCUCGGCCCCGAAGAUCCCGUCCUGGCAGAUCCCGGUCAAGUCCCCGUCCCCCUCCAGCCCCGCUGCUGCCACCCAUCACAGCAGCAGUGACAUCUCGCCCGUCAGCAACGAGUCCACGUCAUCCUCGCCCGUGAAGGAGGGCCACAGCCCCGAGGGCUCCACGGCCACCUACCACCUGCUGGGCCCCCAGGAGGAGGGCCAGGGGGUGGUGGACGUCAAGGGCCAGGUGAGAAUGGAGGUGCAGGGCGAGGAGGAGAAGAGGGAGGACGAGGAGGAGGAGGAUGAAGACGUGAGCCACGUGGACGAGGAAGACUGCCUGGGGGUGCAGAGGGAGGACCGCCGGGGUGGGGACGGCCAGAUCAACGAGCAGGUGGAAAAGCUGCGACGGCCCGAGGGUGCCAGCAAUGAGAACGAGCGGGACUAGGCCCCGAGGGCAGCCGGCCUCCGCUGGGCCACCUGGCCGGGUUCUUCCUCCUCCUCCAGCUCCGGGAGGGCCGCCUUGUGCAGGCGGGGCCGAGCUGUCGCAGCCUCCCGCCUCCGUGGGGCCCCGAGCUCUGUGCGCGGGGACAAGUCUCCGUGCAGCCGGCCUCUCUGUCCUGAACGCCAGCCCCAGCCUGCCGCUUCCUCCGCUCGGCCCCAGCCAGCUGGGCCUCGACCUUGUUCUCACGUCCGGCUGAGGGCGCAAAUUUUCCGGGCCCGGGCCCACCUCAGCCCUGUCUCCCAGACGGAGGUCUUGUCCAGGGCGUGUCUGCUGAGCAUCUUAGCUAACCUAACACCGUGCAUGACAAGAGGUAGUGUAAUUACCUGGCUCCCGGUCCUCCGCGGAGGAAGAGCCGCGUUGAUGUGGUAUCUGCUGACCUGCCGCCCUCCCGUCCUGCCGCGGCUCCUUCACUAGCCUCACGAGGGGCCGGGGGCCGUCUCGUCAUGUGUCCAGAAGCCACGGCCCUGUGCUCUUCUCCCUCUCGGCAAGGGCCUCCCGGGGCCCCACAGCCAGCUCUUGUCCAGAGGCUGCGCCCCCACGCGCCGUCCAAGCCCCACCGCGCCCGUCGUCCUUCCAGACAAAUGAAAUCAUUCUGCACUUCUGUCCUCGCUCACUCGCUCGCUGCAUUGUGACUCAGCUAACCCCAUGGCGAGACGUGGCUCUCACUCCCACGUAGGAGCCAGGUGUCAGGGCCCCCCUGUCUGCCCCCCGCCCCCGAAACACAUGUUCAUUUGUGUGAUCAGGUAUAGGUUUCAGAAUAUAAGAUACUACUGUAUAUAAUUGUAAUAAAUACGAGUUGUCACUAUUUAA